CAUUUUCUUGCCUACCUUUUUUGUUCUAUAAAUCAACCCCCUCUCCAACCAGGAAAACCUCUUCCCUCUUCCCUUCUUUCUCCCCCCAUAGAUCUUGGGCUUCCAACUUCUUUCUUUUCUCUCUUUCUCUCAUCUUUUGUAGAUCUGUUUUCCUCUAAUUUUCUUGUUCUGAUCUUUGAUUUUUGGGAUUUUGGCUUAAAUUACCAAAGACCCACUUGACUAUUCUCUCAAAAUUUCUAUUUUUGAGAUCUGUUUGUUGUUUCUUUCUCUCUCACUCUCUCUCAAAUCUUUGUCAUAAUGUUUGUAUCUUGAUGUUAAUGUUUCAUAUUCAUGUUUUCAGUUCUCAGUGAAAUCCUCCGUUCUGGUUUUAUGAUAAAUUCCUCACUGAGGCGCAGGACCCAUCUCGUUCAAUCUUUCUCUGUUGUCUUCCUUUACUGGUUCUAUGUGUUUUCAUGAAUUUUCUUUUCUCCAAUCUUGAUUUAUAUAUAUAAUAUAUCUUUAUCAAUAUAUAUAUAGCAUAUAACUAGUAUCUGGGUCCUUGGUCUGUUUGGUUUAUAACUUGUAACUUAAUUGUUUUUGAGGUUUGUAAGAUUUUGGUGUAAAUAUUCAGUGGCUUCUUCUAGUGGAAAUUCUUCAGGGUCAAUUCAUCAGAUUCAGAACUCUGGCCCUGAAGAAAACUUGCAGGUUUUGAUGGAUCAAAGGAAGAGGAAGAGAAUGCAAUCCAACCGAGAGUCGGCUCGGCGGUCCCGGAUGCGAAAACAGAAGCAUUUGGAUGAUCUGGUGGCAGAAUUAGCCCAACUGAGGCAAGAAAACAAUCAUAUUCUCACCAACAUCGACAUCACAACCCAACAACACAUGAAUGUUGAGUCUGAGAACACUGUUUUGAGAGCUCAGAUGGUUGAGCUCAGCCAGAGACUUCAGUCCCUCAAUGAUAUCCUCACUUACAUGAACACAAACAAUGGUGUUUUUGAGUCUGAUCAAGAUCUUCUGCCCAUUCCUGUUGAUAACUACAUGAACAAUCAUCCAUGGAACUUGAUGUUUCUUAAUCAACCCAUCAUGACCUCUCCUGAUAUGUUUCAGUAUUGAUCAUCUUCAUCAAGAACAAAGGACUUAAAUUUGUCAAUAUUUUUGUUGUCUAAAUGGGCUGUUUUGUGGUUUUGUGGUUUUGUUUAAUGGGUUUUGGGGAAAAGAAAGGGUUGUUGGUUAUUGUUGUCAUUAGCAAUAGUAGUAUUUAGUGUUUUAAAUAUUAGCUAAUACGUAUUAGUUGGACUUUUGAUAUUGAUAUUUGCCAAUUUAUUGGUUGAUAUAUGACUGUAUCGCCAAUAUUAAUACGUAUUUAAGUGUGGUUAUUUAAGAUUAUAUUAUUAAUUGUAUUACUUUUUUCUUUUCUGUU